AGGGGAGUCUGGAGUGGGGAGGAUACAAGGAGACUGAAAAUGGAUGUGUCUGAGGAAGCUUAGAUGGGGGCACAAGCGUGCUCAGAAUGGGGCGUCUGAAAAGGCUUGAGGCGGGAGGAGGGUCUAUGAGGACCUCGAAUAUUGUUAGAGAGCCGGGCUCGGGAUUGCAGGUCUGAAGUUUUUAGGAUGAGGUCUCAAAUGAAGGUGUUUAAAGGGGGUCUGGGGUGCAGCCCUGGGGGAUACGUGUGGAGCUCUUAAGAAGGGCUCCCAGUGGAGUCUGAGGCUGUUCUCUGUAGAGGCUUGAGACGGCAGACGUGUAGUUUGAUGGGUAUUUGGUGGACGGAGUCUGGGGGGAGUACUGUGGGUGCUCACUGUGUCUGGGCAGGGAGCCUAGGGGUGCACUGUGUGGCUUUUGAGAUGCUGAGGACGUCUAGGUUUUCGAAACCAAGAAUGACCGGGCACACGGACUUGAUGUCAAUGGAGGAUCAGGACGCCAGGGUUCCAGCUCUGGAACCAUUCAGGGUGGAGCAGGUUGUCAGGACCGGGGGUGCAGAGGGUGAAGGCACCACCUGUAAUCUACUAUGUCCCUGACUUCAUCUCCAAGGAAGAGGAGGAGUAUUUGCUUCGACAGGUCUUCAAUGCCCCAAAACCAAAGUGGACCCAGCUCUCCGGGAGGAAGUUACAGAACUGGGCACCCCAUUUCCCUCCCCCAGGUGGGCUCCCCCAUCCCCGGGGGAUGGUUCCUGAGCGGCUGCCACCAUGGCUCCAGCGUUACGUGGACAAAGUGUCUGACCUCAGCCUUUUUGGGGGUCUCCCAGCCAACCACGUCCUUGUGAACCAGUAUCUGCCUGGGGAGGGCAUCAUGCCCCACGAGGAUGGGCCACUGUACUACCCGACUGUCAGCACCAUCAGCUUGGGCUCCCACACCAUGCUGGACCUCUACGAGCCUCGGCAGCCAGAGGACGAUGACCCUACAGAGCAGCCUGCUGGUGCUCCGUGGCACCGCCUACACGCGCCUCCUCCACGGCAUCGCAGCCGCCAGCGUAGACGCGCUCGACGCCGCCUCCCUACCGCGCAACGCAGCCGCUUGCCCCUCGGCGCAAGCUGGAGCCCGCUUGGUCCGCGGCACCCGCGUCUCGCUGACCAUCCGCCGCGUACCCCGCGUGCUGCGCGCUGGCCUCCUGCUCAGCAAGUGACGCCAGGACCCAGGACCCGCUCGGAUUCCCGAGCUCUCGCCUGCUCUGGACUGCUGGCUCCCUGUGGGCAGAGGCGGUUCCCCCCGGGUUAUUUUCCCAGUACCUGUGAGGGAACCACAGGAAAAGGCCCCAUUCCAAAUAAACCACCAACAAAACAAUCUUACUCUGGUUUUGGACAUUUGGGGGUGGGGGGCCAGAUGUUUGGGUUCCUGAGGGGCGCUGCGUCCGGGACCUUAGAUGGAUGGUGUGGGCUGCCGAGGCUCCCCAAUAUGGCCCUGCCUCCACGCCUGGGCCCUACACCCCCCUCAGAGCCCUUCAGCCACCCGCCUGGAGCCCCUAGGGAACUGAACACAUCUGGAUGCACCAUCUGCUCCGCCUCUGGAGAGGAGAGAAUCAGGUCAGAACAGGCCCAGAAGCUGGGGCAGGACUCCUUGGACCCUCCCGAGCCCUUCCAGGGUGGGCCGAGGGGCACUGAGCUUGCUGCUGGCCUCCCCAGAUUGCCAACGCCCCCUUCUCAUGAGGACUCGGCUGGGGCCAAACACCGUGAGCGCCCCAUCUCUGGCUGGGGAUUAGAGGCUGAGCAGGACAGCCUGCAUCUUUGCCUUUUGGGGCUGGGCCUCCGGCUGCAGGACCUGGAGCAAGGCCUGGGGCCCUGGGCAUCAGCCCAGAGCAGGAUGGUCCAGCUGCAGGCCCUACAGGCAGACCUGCGUGGGGCAGCUGAGCGUUUAGAUGCACUGCUGGUGUUCGGUGAGGGGCUGGCACAGCGGAGUGAGCCUCAGGCCCGGGCAUCCCUGGAGCAGGUCCUGAGGGCCUUCAGAGCCCACCGAGACAGCGUCCUCCGGCAGCUGUGGCGGCUGCAGGCCCAGCUGGUCAGCUACAGCCUGGUGUUUGAGGAGGCCAGCACACUGGAGCAGGACUUGGAGGUCGAGGGGGACUCAGACGGGCCAGGACCUGGUGGGGUCUGGGGGCCCUGGGCACCCAGUAGCCUCCCCACUCCCGCAGAGUUGGAGUGGGACCCGGCGGGGGACGUUGGGGGCCUCGGGCCUUUGGGGCAAAGGACAGCCUGGACACCAGGGACUCCCUGUGAGCUGUGUGGCCGCAGGGGCCCCCAGGGCAGGGGACAAAGCCUUGAGGACAUGCUCAUGUCAGGCCUCAGCCACCGGAAACACUUAACAGGUCACCGAAGACGGUCCCUGCUCCAGAAGUCUCAGGACAAGAUGAGGCAAGCAUCUCCCAAUGUCCAGGAUGUGAUGCUGGAGGUAGACCCUGGAUCCCCCACUCCUGCAUCCAGGCGGCCCCUGACCUUCCUCCUCCUCCUCCUUUUCCUUCUGCUGGUGGGUGCCACAUUGCUCCUGCCCAUGUCAGGGGGCUCCUGCUGCUCUCCUGCCCGACUGGCCAGGACACCUUACCUGGUGCUCAGCUAUGUCAAUGGUCCUCCCCCAAUCUGACUACACAGUCCACACAUAUGUAAUAAAUGGUCACUGUCAA